CGCCUCGAGCUAAGACAACAUAAAGAAUUGAAAAUAUGAGUUUCAUUUAUGAUUACCUACUUAGCCCUGUAGUAAUUGUGCCAGCUAUUAUAGCCGCUACUAUACACUUGCUCAGGGACUACUGGCAGGGAGGCCAAUUUACUAAGCCAACCGAUGAGACGGGUAAAGUGGUAAUUGUAACCGGAGCGAAUACAGGAAUUGGUAAAGAGACUGUAAGAGAAUUAGCCAAAAGAGGGGCCACCGUCUAUAUGGCCUGUCGGAAUCUGGAAAAGUGUGAAGAAGCUCGUCGGGAAAUUGUUCAAGAAACAAAUAACACAAAUAUUUAUACUCGAGAAUUGGAUUUGAGUUCUUUCGAAUCGAUAAGGAAAUUUGUAGUGGGUUACAAGCAGGAACAGGAUAAGCUGCAUAUAUUGAUAAACAAUGCCGGGCAAAUGAAUUGUCCAAAAUCUCUAACUAAAGAUGGCUUUGAGAUGCAUCUUGGUGUGAAUCAUUUGGGGCAUUUUCUACUGACCAAUCUACUGCUCGAUUAUUUGAAGAAAUCGGCUCCUAGUCGCAUUGUUAACGUUUCCAGCUUGGCUCACAUUUUUGGGCGAAUCAAUAAGAAGGAUUUAAAUAGCGAGAAAUCCUAUAGUCAAGAUUUUGCCUAUGCUCAGAGUAAAUUGGCCAAUAUAUUAUUCACCAGAGAAUUGGCUAAAAGACUAAAGGACACUGGAGUUACCACAAAUGCUUUACAUCCUGGGGUAGUGCAGACCGAACUUCUAAGACAUUGGAACAUUUUCAGAAAAUACUUCUUUACGCCCUUUGUCUGGCCCAUAUUUAAGACACCAAAAAGUGGAGCACAAACUACAUUAUAUGCAGCCCUCGAUCCCGAUUUGGAUAGCGUUUCCGGACAAUAUUUUAGCGAUUGCAAACCAACAUGGACAUCACCAGCCGCCAAGAAUGAGGAAACUGGCCAAUGGCUUUGGCUAGAGAGUGAAAAGUUGACAGGAAUCCGUCCGAACAAUUAAUUAAAUACACCUUUUUCAUAGCUUAAGUAAACAAGUCAUUAAAAAAGUUCGGGGUCAAUUUAUUUUUAGGUUAAUUGUUGAGGUUAGCAAUAAAAUUUGUGUUAAUAAAACUUAAAAAGGUCACCUAAAAAUUUAACCUU